UCGCAAAAGAAAUCUCAACCACUGUACUCUCAGCAUUCUGGGAGGGUUUGAUCUGAUUGAUGUUCCCAACACACACCCCUCAAACCCUAAAGCGGACUUGAAGACCUAGACUCUGGCUAUUCUUGGCUCUGGUACUGGCUUUAGCCCUUUCUGGACUGGUCUUUGUUGGGCUUUGGCAUUAACUUCGACUCUGAAUCCUUUUAGGCGCUGACUCUGAGUAACUCUCUUGACUACAGUGGUUUUUUCAUGGGAAUUCGGGGAAGGAUCAAACUCAUGAUCUUGCAGCCGGGCUCUAAUCUGUCAACCACUACACCAAAACACUGAAGUUCAUACUAGAAGCGCUUUACCUGAUUGAAAUUCCCAGCAAGAAAUCCUAAAUUCCAUCUAUCCAGUCAACGGAGGACGACGCAGCAAUGGUGAACCUCCAGGCCGUCCAGGCGCACAAUGCGACUCUUAAAUCCCUAACCUCGAAUCUCGUCGCGGUGUUUGUCGGCGGGACGUCGGGCAUCGCCCUCUCAACCGCCCUCGCUCUGACCCGGCACACCCCCUCACCCAAGAUCUACAUUAUUGGCCGCAAUCAGUCCGCUGCUGAUACAGCCAUUGCCUCCAUGAAAACUGCCAACUCCUCCGCCCAGCCAACAUUUCUCCAAACUGACAUAUCCCUCCUCAAAAAUGUCGACAGCGUCUGCGCCCAGAUUGCAGCAAGGGAGAAAAAAGUCAAUUUGCUGUUCAUGACACCGGGAUACAUGACGCUAAAAGGCCGAGACGAGACAUCCGAAGGCCUGGAUCGCAAAUUCGUCCUACACUAUUAUGCGCGCAUGCGGUUUAUCAGCAACCUGCUUCCCCUCUUGAACGCGGCCGCUCAGGACUCUGUCAGCAACAACAACGCCAGACUAUCCCGCGUCGUGUCUGUCCUCGACCCGAUGGUCUCCGUCCGCGCAGGCGGGCCCGGCACACUCGACUUCUCGGACCUCAGUUUGAAGCACAGCUUUAGCCUCCAGAAAUGCGGCUGGCACGCCAGUCUGAUGGGUGAUUUCUUCCUGGAGAGCAUGGCCCAGCGAUACCCGCAUACCUCCUUCGUCCACGCGUACCCCUCUGGUGUGGCCACGGGCGUGUUACGGGAACUACCAGCUGGACGCGUGCUGUCGGCCGUGUUGACGCCGCUGUUGAGACCAUUCAUGGUGCCUCUUGAGGAGAGUGGAGAGAGACAUUUGUUUGCAGCAACGAGUGGGAGAUAUCCUCCGAAGGCUGAGGGAGGGGAUGUGGAAGAAGAUGUUGCUGUUGGUAGCGAUGGGACCAAGGGGAAUGGGUGUUACUGGGUGAGUUGGGACGGUGAACCGUUCCCGCCAAACAAGAGGAUAGAGAAGACGAGAGGCGAGAAUGCGGCCGACAAAGUGGUGCAGCACACAGAGGAGGUGUUUAAGCAGGUGUGCGAAGAGGGCCAGACAUACCCGUGAGUGUCUCAGCUUGUCUAUAUGAGGUUGCACCGUGGUCAGUCCCUGGGAUGGCACAGUUGCCAAUUCGGUUCGUUCAACAAGCAGCGUGCAUGAUAUCAUUCUCUGAGUUAAUAUGGUGGAUCUGAGGUCGCCGUGCCCAGAUUUCUUCUUAGCAUGCUAAUCAUAAUGUCUAU